AUGCAAGAGAAGUACUUCAUUGAGCAUAUUAGUGGUAAAGGCGAGCCUAAUAGAGUCGAAAUACUUAAAGAAACCUGUUUAAUUAGUUCAGAUACUAAGUCUGAUGUUAAAUUAGUCCUUUCAGCCCCUGUAAGUUGUCUAAUUGAUUAUAAACUUAAUACUUUAAGCGUUUCAGGCGGGUCUGUCUUACUUAAUGAGCAAAAAGUAACAACAAACACUCCUCUUAUCUAUCCUUCUUUAUUAAGAAUAGAAGAUCAUACUUUUCGUAUUCUUAAGACAAGUUCUAGUUUAGAUAGUAGUACAAUAUUUCCUUCCUUAUCUCAAAAUCAAAAAGAAUUCUUAUCUCAAAAUCAAAAUCUAGAACAAAAACAAUCUCAACUAUCUUCACCUCUACCAGGCGAGAUAGAAGGAAUGACCGUACAAGAAGAUAAGUUUAUAGUAUGUUUUGGUAAAGAGCUUUUAGCUACAGAUAUAGAAUCUGUUUCUUCAGCUGGUGCUUUAAUAGAUCAAUUAGAAUCUGAUUAUGAUUCUUCUGGCCAGCAAAUGUCUGAAUCUUCACUUGAUCCCCUGCAAAACAGUCUAAAUCAAUAUACUGAUUUACAACCAGAAGUUGAAUCAGAAGAAUUAUCACAAUCUAACAACUUAACUCAAUCUAAUCUUGAUCUAACUCAAUCUAAUCUCGACUUAACUCAAUCUAAUCUCGACUUAACUCAAUCUAAUCUCGACUUAACUCAAUCUAAUCUCGACUUAACUCAAUCUAAUCUUAAUCAAAAUACUUCUCGUAUCAGUAUUUUUGAUAACAUUCCUUAUGAAGUGACUCAACAUCCAUCUACUCCUGCUUUAGAGACACAAACUACUCCUAUCUUAACUCAAAACUCUCCUGAUAUCACUUCCCAAGAGAUUGAAGUAACUCCAGCCACUCCUCUUAAGCCAUCUGAAGAUAACCACCCUAUCUUAUCUCCAAAUGAUAUCUUAUCUCCAAAUGAUAUCUUAUCUACUACUAAUGACAUUCCUACUACUCCAGUCAAACCAGUUGAAACUCAACCUAUCUUAUCUAUACCUACUACACCUAUCAAACCAGUUGAGAUACCUACUACUCCAAUUAAGCCAACUGAAGACAACCAACCUAUCUUAUCUACUCCUAUCCAGUCAGUUGAGAUACCUACUACACCUAUCAAACCAACUGAAGAUAACCAACCGAUCUUAUCUACACCUAUCAAAACACAACCUAUCAAAUCAACUGAAGACAACCAACCUAUCUUAUCUACACUAACUACACUAACUACCCCUACUAAACCCAUCCUAACUCAACCCAAUCCCACCCUAACUCAACCCAACUUAACCCCUAGUAAGCACAUAAGAAGAGCUUCAAUUAGCCAUCAAAUUAGUACAAUCAAAAAGAACCAUCCAGAACCAAAUACAGAUAAGAAGAACAAGCGGAAGCGGAGGAAGAAAUAA